AUGUCGCUGUGUGAAAAACGUUGGACAACCACCGACACAUGGAGUGAAUGCCGACAGUUAGUACCGGAUGUCGUUACUCUGAAUUCUGUUCUUGCAAACUGUUGGCACGCCGAGACUAUUCCGUACUGUGCUUCGCUUUCUCAAAUAGCAGGACCAAGACGGCCCUGCAGCUGGGCCUUUCGCGGUACACGAACCUCCGGGUUCGGCAGAACAAGAAGGGCCAGCUGCAAUUGCAGCCGUCUCAGUUUACCUGGAACAAAUCGACAAAGUGAGUUCCUAGCAGUUAUCCUGCCAAGGCCAGCAGAGUCGGCCGCACUUUACGCGUCGGCCGACAUCACCGGGACGCUUCAGCCCGAUGAGUGCUACAUCAUCAAGGGCAACAAGGCGUACAUCGGGCCUGUUGCCGUUUGGCGAUACCCGAGUCAUGGCCCAGCCGACAUCGGCAUUCUGCAGGCCAAGCAGCCACCGGCAGGGAUGGCGCUUCCACGAGUCUCGUUUGCAGGCAACGCAAUGGUGUUGAGCAAAUGGGGCGACGUCAGCAAGAAGUGGGCUGACGGAGAUCUCGACGGAGACUUGAAUUUCGCAUCGAGCCCAGUCUGCUUCUUGGCUGCUCUGGUCCGGCUGAUCCAGGACACCGCCCCGUACGUGGAUGCGCAGGACUACGAGGCUUGA